AUGAGAGAAAGUAUCUACAAGGAAUUUACCUGCAAGAAAGGAAUAAUGCUUUCUUCUGAGACGUUGGAAUAUUUGGAACACAAUAUCAAGAAUGAUUCAAUGCUGGAAAACAUAUCGAUUGAGUACAAGAGGAGAAGCGGACCGAAGCUUGCAGACCUAGGUCUAAUCCGAGAGAUUAUCGAGUCUCUGGACACCCGGAAGGACGUCUAUAAUGUCUUAAGCCAGAAUUUCAAGGAGAAGAACGAUCUAUUGAAGUAUAGACAUCUUCUCCAGAAGAUAGAAAGAGUAGUCACGCCUAUAUAUUUGUUGGACGAGGACCAUGCCACUAUCUUUGGAUGUUAUUACAAGGACAGAAACGGAAGAGAGGUUUUGGAGGAUGAUGGGGACAUAAUUCCUAUCGAUACAAGCGAGUGUCAUGAAGAUGUGUUUCUAUGUGAUAACAUCUUUGUAGCUAUGGAGGGAAGAAAAACAGGAGACAGAUUUGUAAUGUCUAGAGUGCAUCUCCCCAGUAUAGAGAAGACCUCGAAGAAAGCUAAAGAGGAGAGGAGAGAUCUUAAGGUGUUAUUUUUUUCAGACUUCCAUAUGAAUGAAGCCAACGGAACAACCUUGAGAAAGAUUCUAAACAAGAUUCCAACAGGUGUUGUUGUGCUAAUGGGGAAGCUUUGUUCUGGGAAAUCAUCUGGUAUUUCCUACACCAGCUUUAUGAAUGGACUUAGGCCGAACAACGCACUUGGAUCCAUUCCAGAUAUCAUUCUGUGCCCAGAUGCCGAUGAUGUCUAUCCUUCCUUUCUUCCAAAGGAGAUAGAGGUGCCGGAGGAAUACAGUAAGAUUAUUAAGGCAGCAAGCAACCCAUUUAAACUUGAGACCGAUAAUUUCUCAAUCGGAGUUAUUAGAGAUGAUUUGUUUAGAUACAAGGAAAAAGGAACUUUUAUUGGGAAGAAUUAUGUAGAUUCUUUUGCCAGAGUUGUUCUGUCGCAAUACAGCUUCAAUCCAUUUGGGAUCUCGAAUCUAGACAUUGAUACCAUUCCUGAUGUGUUUGUUGUAGGCCAGGAUCUAUAUCCGUUUGUUGUGCCAGUAGAAGGUACAUUAUUCAUUUCCUGUCCUAGCUUUAGGGACGAAAUGUCUUUCGUAUCCUAUGAUCUUUCUCAGAACGAUGCCUGGAUCAUUAACUCCAAGAAUGUCUUGGGAUAG